AUGCGCAAUCUUUUCCUUCUCUUUCUUGUCUGCGGGCAUGCGCUUGCCCAAGUCCCCCUUCCACUACCCCCUUUCAUGCCUCAAAAUGCGUCACUUGGUGCAAUUCCAUCGACUGGCGGCGCGCCAAACCCACAGUGGUCGUCCUUGUUGGGUAAUUUGCUAUUUUUCUACGAGGCCCAGCGCAGCGGAAAAUUGCCUAGCACGAACCGUGUGAAAUGGAGGAACAGCAGUGCGUUGAGUGAUGGCCAAGAUGUCAAGCUUGACCUUGCAGGAGGGUACUAUGAUGCAGGAGAUUAUAUUAAGUGUACAUUUCCACUGUCAGCAGCGGUUAUGUCCAUAUGCUGGGGUGCAACGGAUUUCGGAAAGGGAUAUGAUCUAGCAAACCAAACACCUUAUCUUGAUGACAUGUUGCGAUGGAGUUUAGAUUGGCUCGUGAAAGCCCAUCCGUCUAAUGACACCCUCUUCGUCCAAAUAGCAGACACUAAUCUCACCAACGCUUACUGGGGUGGCGACCAGAAUAUACCGGAACCGCGUACAUCCUAUCAGAUAAAUAAUACCAGCCCUGGAACUGACGCAGCGGCCGGUGCAGCAGCGGCAUUUGCAGCAUGUUCAAAUCUAUAUGCCAACCGAGUUUUUUCAAGCUCGUAUUCCGGACCUGCCACGCUACAGAACUCAACCUACGCGGCUACUUUGCUUGAACAUGCUCAACAAUUGUACAAUUUUGCAACGAGUGCACGGAAAGUCGUAUACCAGCAAUCUGUGCCCGAGGCUGGCGUAGCCUAUCCCUCAUCCGGUUAUGGAGAUGAGCUCGCCAUUGCCGCACUUUUCCUCUCCUGGGCGCAGAAUUCUACUUCUUUGUAUCAGCAGGCGCAGACGUAUUAUUCGCAAUACAACCUCAGCGAUUACCUAGGCGUCUUCAAUUGGGACUCAAAAACUCCUGGGUUACCGAUCUUGUUUGCUCAAAUUGCUCAGGCAAACCCCAGUUUUGGCAAUAUCACGAAUUGGCGAACCGAGGCAGAGUCGUACUUGGAUGGUAUAGUAUAUGGCGGUGGAGAGGGUUAUUCUACUCGCGGAGGCCUUCUUUACUACCCAAGUGACUCAGAGGAUGCAAGUUUAAACCCUGCUCUGAAUGCAGCCAUGCUGCUGAACAGAUAUCUUCCAUUAGCCUCUACAGAGAAGCGGAAGCAAGAUUACUACAAUUAUGCUAAGGGUCAAGUUGAUUAUGCACUUGGAAAAAAUCCCAUGUCCAUGCCGUACGUUGUGGGUGCCAACCCUAAUUCUCCGCAGAACCCCCAUUCUGCCAUGGCCAGUGGUGGCAAUAACAUCAGUGAUAUCAAUAACUCACCCCCUCAAGAGGCUUACGUGCUGUAUGGUGCAGUUGUCGGAGGUCCGGACAAAUACGACCGCUUUUUCGACAUCCGUGCAGAUUGGCCUGAGACUGAGCCUGCCAUGGAUUACAACGCUCCUAUGCUGACUUUGGCUGCCAUGCACGUCCUCAACGAUACUUCGGAUCCGUUCUACACUUCUCUGCAAGCCAGAGCAUACCAGAAGCCCGCGGGCAUGCCGUGUGACGCUGCCUACACAGAUGGCUGUGGGGGGCCACAACUAAGUAAAGGUGGCCAAAUCGCGAUGGGAGUUGUUAUCGGUUUUGCAGGCGUUGUAAUCUUCUCGCUGGUCGGAUGGUGGGGUUGGUUGAGCUGGAGAGGUGAUUACGAUCCAUGUUACUAA